AUGACUAAUAUAAAAACUACAAUACUUUACAAUAAUAGCAAUGAACUUCAACAAAAUAACUCUGAUGAAUUUCUAAGUUGGCAACAUGAAAAUUGUAAUAAUAAUAAAAGCUCUGAUAAUUUUGAAUCUGAGUCUAAUAGCUUGAAUAAUGAACAAUAUGAAAACAACUUAUAUGACACAAAUUUAAAAAGUGAUAACUCUGAAGAGGAAAUAUUUUUUAUUGAUAUUAAUAAUAUGACAGGAAUAUUUGAUGAUACAAUAUUUGAUUUAACUUGGAACCAAGAAAGCUAA